AUGGCAAGUAAUCCAGGCAGGGCUUCCUCUGUAACACUCCCUUUCCGGGGCAGCGAUCGCGAUCGCCAGGCGCUGGCGCUGUUGCUGGCGAGUCCGGCGCCUGAGCCUCGGCAAGCCCUGGCCCGGGAGAGGGGCAUGGGAGAGGGUGACGACGCGGUGUCCUUCGCCUGCGCCUUGGGCGCGUUUUCGCUGCCCUGGCGCGAGGCGCUGCGACUGCUGCGCCUGCUCCAAGUCUUCCGGGUGGAGCCGGACGCCUUCGUGGCCGCUGGUGCCAUAAAUGUGUGCAGCCGCGCAGCGCAGUGGCAGGUGUGCCUGGACCUUUUGCGCAGCUUCCCAGCAGCCCAAACCGACCACAACUCCGUGGCAGUGGGAGCCGCCAUCGCAGGAGCCGACCGCGCCUCCAAGUGGGAAGCUGCAUUGGCGCUGUUCAACCUGCACCGGCUUAAGGUGCGACCCAGCUUCAUCGCCUUCUCCACCACGGUGCUGGCAACAAGUCGGGCCAGCCAGUGGCAGGUCGUGCUGGAGCUCCUGCAGCGGCGGCGGCUGGAUGCGGUGACUUGCACUGCCGCCAUCACCGCUUGCCGGGAGGGAAGAAGUUGGCAGCAUGCCACAGGACUACUCUUUGACGCUUGGGCGAAGCAACCACGAGGAGGCUUUGGGGAGCCAGAUGCCCCAAGCUUGACUUCAGCCAAUGCCUGCCUGAGCGCGUUGGAGCGGGCCAGUCAGUGGCGCAGGGCAACGGUGCUGCUUCACAGCUUCCAGCGCCACAGCUUGCAGCCAGAUGAGGUCUCCUACAACACGGCCAUCAGCGCCUGCAGCGGGCGCUUGAAGUGGCAGCACUCCUUGGCCUUGCUGAAGCAGAUGCGCCGGAAGAUGCUGCGGACGGACUCGGUCACCUGGACCGCCUGCAUCACCGCCUGCAGUCAGGGCCAGAAUGCCGAAGCUGCGCUGGCCCUCUUCGACCAAUGCGAAUCCGGCAACAUCGCAGUCACCAACGCAGCGAUCGCCUCGUGUGCCACGACACAGUCCUGGGAUCUUGCCAUCCAGUUGCUGAACACGCAUUUGUCUGAAGACAGCGACGCGAGGGCCGACGCAGUAUCCUUCAACUCCACUAUCGCAGCUUGCGGGGUCGCGCAGGCCUGGGAGUCGGCGCUGGCCUUGACACACCUCGCGGCGGACCGCGGGCUCCUGGGCGACGUGGCGCUGGGCGCGGCCAUGGCCGCCGUCGCCAAGGCCGCGCGCUGGACGGAAGCCUUGCAGCUCCUGCGCACCGCCUCGGAGUUCUCCGUAGCUAUCCACCAGUCGAUUCUGAAGACUGUUAAUUGGAAGAGCUACGAAACGUGGCAUCCUUUGAUGGUGCUGCUGCCCUGUGCCGCCUUUGCAAAGAGAAGACCAAACAGAUGCCCCUAA